AUGCGGCUAAAUGAAUUGGUGGCUGAACUUGAAGCACACGGGGCGUUGGAAUCUACAUCCAAUAAGGAUAUUUUACCGGCUGAUCAAAUUAAUCGGGAUUGGGCUCAGUGUGUAUUCACUUAUCCUCAACUUGUUCCAAUGUGGCGUGGAUAUGUUGCACAUCUUAUGGGUCGACAUUCAUCACUAAUCACUGUAAAUCAAGGUAUUGGAAAUGGAAUAUUUUCACGUAUCGAUAGUAUAUACAAAAGAGGUCUGUCAACACUUUCCGGCAUAAUAUCCGGAAGAAUUUUAUCGCAUCGACCUCAACCAGAUACUGUGGAGCGAACAAUCGAUUUUCUAGCUGAUUAUUGUCACUGGUUAGCUCAAGCAGGUCAUGCAGAACGUGCUCUAGCAGUUUGGCAAGCUGUUAUUGAAUUUAAUUGUUACCGGCCUACAGAACUUGAACAAAUUCCAUUUGAUCAGCGUAUGCUUGAAAUGGAGUUGUUUUGGUCUAGUGGUGUGGCUAGAUUCGGUCAACCUGGUUCUCAGCAUUGGAAUGGUUGGUAUAAAAGUCGAAGUAGUAAUAAACAACAAAAUAAAUCUACGGGGAAAGAGUCAUCAUCAUCAUCCAAAAGUCAUAAGAAGAGCCAUUCUGUUUCAACUAUCAUCUCGGAAAUCACUUCAGAUAUGUCGAUUGAACAACUACAGACUAAAUGGACCAAUGUAGCUGAAAAGCUGAAUGCCAUAGCUAGCACCUGUGAAGACGCAUUGAUCAAUUGUUCUGGAGAAGGAAUUCCUGAUGAAUCUUAUGAAAACACGGGUCCAGACGUCGUCCCAUCAAUUUUGUCAUCUGAAGUUGCUGCUGAUCAAUGGGUUCGUCGUGGACACAUUCCUUCACUAGCAGGCCAUGGUUAUGUUGGCAAAAGUCGUGCAAUAUUAUAUCGUCGAGGUAAAGCUUGGGUGGGUCUGGAACGUGCACGCGAAGCAGUUGGUUGGUUACCUUCUGAUGUAUUAAACAUCCAAGAGCAAAAAGAUAUUGAAGAUGAAGAUCCUGAGAGAUUGGUUUUAUUCGAUGAUGUUAAGCCAUGCUUGAUAGAUUUAUGGAAAUUCGAAGAAAGACCUAAUGUUGAAACUCCUGAAUGUAAAGCUCGCAGAGCAUUUCUUCAGCAACGCCUAUUUUUGUUGUGUUUAGAAUUCCUUGGGGCGUAUGAUCGUGAAGUGGCUAAAGUUUAUCAUUUUCCAAUAGAUAUUCGCCUCGUACACGACAUAGCAUGUGUUGGCAGUGUUCAACGUCAAGGUUUAACACCAUUUCCAUCUCAAUCAUGGAUGUCAAGUAAUUCAGAAACAUCAAGUCCUCAAAAUGACAAUGAACAGUUGAAUACUUCCUCACAAAUGGCUAAUGAACACCAGGAUGUUUGGGCUCAAGCUCAUCGUUGUUUUAUUGAUGCAGCACUUCUUCAAAUGAAUGAAUUACCAUCUUGGUGGCCAGUGAAAGUGAAAGAAAGCUGGCGGACAACAUUAAGUAAAUUACGUUUUACAAUAGCAUCUGAACGUCUUUCAAAUUCAAUUCAAACACAAUCAGUUGGUGUUAAGACUGCGAUAUCUAUCUGGCGUAAUUGUGGUCGUGCAAUUAUCUCCGAAGGUAAAAAUCAACAAGAUUUAAAUUUAUGGCGAGCUUAUGCAAAAGGUUUCUGGCAAAUCAGUCAAGAUUUACUUAUCACUGCUACACUUCAAGAUGUUAAAAUUCCAAUUGAAGAGUCAAGACGUAUACUUGAUUCCGCGCUAACCAUGUAUCCAAUACCUGAAGAUUUUGGGCCAUCAUUGAAAGAGGAUAUGCAUAAAUUAACAGAUUUCUAUCAGAAUACAUAUACUCCCAGACUGAAACUACUACAGGAUUAUGUAGACUUAGAAAUGGAUGUAUGCCCUGGUUCAGGUAGUUGUCUGAAAGGCUUCAAUGAAGAGACUCGUGUAUUACACUUAUUGACGUAUGCUGCCAUCGGUGGUGCAUAUACUGCGUAUACAGAAUCAUCGAGUGAAAUAAUGCCAACUGUUAUGGUGAAAACAAACUAUCGAUUUGGUAAACGCAUAGAAGCUAUAUGGACUACUUUAGUCGGCUUAUCAGAGGUAGACACCAAUCAAAACAGUGAUUAUCAACAGUUUCUCAGUGCUCUGAUCAGUUCAGUGCCGAUUAUAUGCUAUUUGAAUUUGAUGUUUGAUCUUCUGACUGCAGAUCAAAAGGCUUUAGAUUCAUCACUCGCCAGCCUACUUCCAAUACUUGGACGAAUAGAUCGAUUAUGCAGUAAAUACCUAUCAACAGCUUUUGAUGAACCAUCUUCAUCUGGUUCGAAAUCAGGUAGUCGUUGGUCAGAUGUUAGUACAUCUAUUGACAAUGAUUUAAUUCCCAUGUCAUUGCAAAAUCGAUUGUGUACACGUAAAUUUAUCGAGCUUUUAACUGGUGGACUGUCUGCAUUCUGUGCACUUCGUCAACGGAAUCGAAGACCACUUUUAAGUCAGUUAUUCGAGUUAAUAGCUAGACAUAACAAGUAUAAUAGCCCAAAUGAUAUACUUUUGGAUUUGAUGUUUCCCUCACAACUAAGUUAUCUUCUUCCCUCGAGAAUAUCAUUGGAUCAAAGGAAAUUACCAUUAUCCUUAGUGAAUGCCUCUUCAUGUCAUGGUUUGCUACCACCGUUGUUCUUAGCUUCUUUAAUUCAUCAACUGAAUUAUUUACGACAAAGUGUAGCCAAGUUAGCCGCCCAAUCAAUUAUUCAACAGACAAUCAACAAUUCAUCACGUACAAACACUCGACAAAAAGAAAGUAUUACAAAACUAUCCUCCUAUGGAAUGAUAAUUAAUGAAGAAGUCAGUAGUUUAAUUGGUCAUCAAUUGGAGUUGUGUUCUUCUUGUCUACCGAGCAUUCUUGAUUUAUUCACAUUAAGUUUAGAAUUGGAACGAUGGACAAGUUUAAUUGCUGGCGUUUCCUGUGAAUAUGGUCAAGCAGAAAGGACAUCUGUUACUGACCAACGGGUUCGCAAUGCAUUCGAAAAAGUUGUACAUUCCAGUCCAUUCAUUACUCCUCUUCUAUCCGCUGAAGGAAAUCUAAUUCAUGUAGCACUAAGUGCAAGUACACCAUCAUUUUGGUCUGCACAUUUACGCUUAGUUAUAUGGAGAGCUUAUAUGGCAUUUGGUUGGAUGGCUGGACCAUCUACAACAUCUACGACAGUGAUAGCAAACAAUUUGGAUCCUCGUCAACGACGUCAAGCUGUGAAAGCUGUUUUCUAUCGUGCUAUUGAAGAUGUUCCAUGGGCUAAAGUUCUCUAUACAGAUUUAGUUCGUUAUUGUCCAGAAGAUGUUGAAGAGGUAGUCGAUUUACUGUCGGAACGUGAAUUACGAUUACGAACACCAUUAGAAGAAGUCGAUUUACUAUUGACAGCUAAACCUCAUGAAUGA